GUGAAACUGGCCGUAGCCUCACACUUGUAGGGUUUUUAAGAUUAGGUUUAGCUUUACUUUUGCUUCUCGGCCGCAUUGGCUAGCGUUUCUCUUACUUUCCAUUUUUCUUCGAUUUUUCUUUUAGAUCGACUCUUACAUGGCGUUUGAUAAUCAAUAAGGGUCCAUUUUGUUCUAAGUCCAAUUUUAGUCUCGGUGGUUUACACACUUACUCAUAGCAAUGGCUACAAUGAACCCCUUUGAUCUACUGGGUGACAAUGAUAACGAAGACCCAAGUCAGCUCGUAUCUGUUCAACUGCCAAAGCUCGAUGACAAGCCUAAGAAACCUGCGUCGGCUCCUCAAGGUAAUUCUGCUGCUAAGCCGGCGGCUAAGUUUCCCACCAAGCCAGUCCCUCCCUCCCAAGCUGUGAGGGAUUCAAAGCCUGAAGGUGGCCGUGGUGGGGGCCGUGGUGGUGGACGUGGUUUUGGGCGAGGAGGAGGUCGUGGCUAUGACCGAGAUUCAAGAAACAAUGACACAUUCGGUGGCAAUAAUGGAUUUUCUGGUGGAGACAGACCCUUUGAAGAGGGAGGAGGAAAGCCAUCUGAAAGACGUAGCUAUGGGGCUCCUCGUGGUUCAUUCCGUGGCGGUCAUCGUGGUGGCUUUGGCGAUGGAGAAUCGGGUGAUGGUGAACGUCCUCGAAGAUUGUUUGAACGUCGUAGUGGGACUGGGCGUGGCAAUGAGAUUAAACGUGAUGGGGCUGGUCGUGGUAAUUGGGGAACUCCAGCUGAUGAAAUUGCACCGGAGACUGAAGAACCUGUUGUUGAAAAUGAGAAGAAUGUGAUUGCUGACAAGCCUGCUGGUGAAGAAGAGUCCGGGGAUGCCAAUAAGGAGAAUCCUGUGAAUGAGCAAGAAGAGAAGGAGCCUGAGGAAAAGGAAAUGACUUUGGAACAGUAUGAAAAGAUUCUUGAAGAGAAGAGGAAAUCUUUGCAUGCCUUGAAGACUGAGGAAAGGAAGGUUGACAUGGACAAAGAGCUCAAGUCCAUGCAACAACUUUCAAGCAAGAAGAGCAAUGAUGACAUCUUUAUCAAACUGGGUUCUGAUAAGGACAGACGCAAGGAUGCCGCUGAUAAAGAAGAGAAAGCUAAAAAGUCUGUUAGCAUAAAUGAGUUUUUGAAACCUGCUGAAGGAGGGAGGUACUAUAACCCUGGCAGUCGUGGUCGAGGUCGAGGCCGUGGUUCAAGAGGUGGAUAUGGAGGCUACUCCUCCAGCAAUGUGGCAGCCCCUUCUAUUGAGGAUCCUGGGCAUUUUCCCUCGUUGGGAGGCAAGUGAAAUGUUAUCACAGCUUCAGUACACUCAGACGUUUUCCCGUUUGGAAUCUUGUGAUAACUAUUCAAAGAGUUGAAUCAAGUCAGUUCAAAGUUAAUUCAAUAGGAAUGAUAUUUCCUUCAUCAAAAGAACCAUCUUUAAUGUUAAGUCUUCAUGAGUGUAAAUUUUAGAUAUUUACACAUGUUUUAAGUUUUGAUAUGCAUGCAUACUCUUUUUUCCUCA